AUGCCGCCACGGUCCCGCGCCGCGGCACCGAAGCUCGCGUUUCUCGUGCCGCUCGCCUGCGCGUUGCUGCUGGUGUCGCCGUGCCACUGCGUCAACGAGCAGGGCCAGGCGCUGCUGCGAUGGAAAGACACGCUGCGGCCGGCGAGCGGCGCGCUGGCUUCGUGGCGCGCCGCGGACUCCAAUCCGUGCCGGUGGACCGGCGUGUCGUGCAACGUGCGCGGCGACGUCGUCAGACUGAGCAUCACCUCGGUCGACCUCCAGGGUCCGCUCCCGGCCAACCUGCAGCCGCUUGCAGCGUCGCUCAAGACGCUGGAGCUCUCUGGCACGAACCUGACCGGCGCGAUACCAAAGGAGAUGGGCGGGUACGGCGAGGUGACCACCCUCGACCUUAGCAAGAACCAGCUCACCGGCGCGAUCCCUGCCGAGCUGUGCCGGCUCGCCAAGCUCGAGUCGCUCGCGCUCAACUCCAACUCCCUGCGCGGAGCCAUCCCGGACGACAUCGGCAACCUCACAAGCCUGGCGUAUCUGACGCUCUACGACAACGAGCUCAGUGGGCCGAUCCCGGCCAGCAUCGGCAACCUGAAGAAGCUGCAGCUCGGCCAGCUCAAGAAGCUCCAGACGCUGCUUCUGUGGCAGAACCAGCUCGUCGGCGCAAUUCCCCCAGAACUCGGACAGUGCAAGGAGCUCAUGCUCAUUGACCUGUCGCUGAAUUCGCUGACCGGGAGCAUUCCGGCCAGUCUGGGCGGGCUACAGAAUCUCCAGCAGCUGCAGCUGAGCACGAACCAGCUGACCGGCACCAUUCCGCCGGAGCUCUCCAACUGCACGUCGCUGACAGACAUCGAGGUCGACAACAACUUGCUGUCCGGGGAGAUCAGCAUCGACUUCACGAGAUUGCGCAACCUCACCCUGUUCUACGCGUGGAAGAACCGGCUCACUGGCGGCGCGGUUGACCUGUCGUCCAACAACCUCACCGGCCCCAUCCCCAAGGCGCUGUUCGGGCUCCAGAACUUGACCAAGCUGCUGCUUCUGAACAACGAGCUGUCCGGGCUCAUACCGCCGGAGAUCGGUAAUUGCACCAACCUGUACCGGCUCCGGCUCAACGGCAACCGACUGUCCGGCACGAUUCCCGCCGAGAUCGGCAACCUCAAGAACCUAAACUUCCUCGACAUGAGUGAGAACCACCUCGUCGGCCCGGUGCCCGCGGCCAUUUCGGGGUGCGCCAGCCUCGAGUUCCUCGACCUGCACUCCAAUGCUCUGUCCGGCGCAUUGCCGGACACAUUGCCACGCAGUCUUCAGCUCAUUGACGUCUCAGACAACCAGCUCUCCGGGCCAUUGAGCUCCAGCAUCGGGUCAAUGCCGGAGGUGACGAAGCUGUACAUGGGAAACAACCGGCUGACCGGCGGCAUCCCGCGGGAGCUCGGUUCGUGCGAGAAGCUCCAGCUACUGGACCUCGGCGGCAACGCGUUCUCCGGUGGCAUCCCGUCGGAGCUCGGGAUGCUACCUUCAUUGGAGAUAUCGCUUAACCUCAGCUCCAACAGGCUUUCAGGGGAGAUACCGUCGCAGUUCGCUGGCCUUGACAAGCUCGGCAGCCUCGACCUGUCGCACAACGAGCUCUCGGGGAGCCUUGAGCCGCUCGCGGCGCUGCAGAACCUCGUCACGCUCAACAUCUCCUACAAUGCCUUCUCUGGCGAGCUCCCGAACACUCCGUUCUUCCAGAAGCUCCCCCUCAGCGACCUAGCAGGCAACCGCCAUCUCGUCGUCGGCGACGGCUCUGACGAGUCCUCCCGGCAUGGAGCCAUCUCGUCGUUGAAGAUAGCCAUGUCCAUCCUCGCCGCAGUCAGCGCGCUGCUCCUGGUGGCCGCCACCUAUAUGCUCGCCCGCACGCACCGCCGCGGCGGUGACCGCAUCAUCCACGGCGAGAGCUCGUGGGAGGUGACACUGUACCAGAAGCUCGACAUCACCAUGGACGACGUGCUCCGAGGGCUAACGUCCGCGAACAUGAUCGGCACGGGCAGCUCGGGGGCCGUGUACAAGGUGGACACCCCCAACGGGUACACCCUCGCCGUGAAGAAGAUGUGGUCGUCGGACGAAGCGACGUCGGCGGCGUUCCGCAGCGAGAUCGCGGCGCUGGGCUCCAUCCGCCACCGCAACAUCGUGCGGCUCCUCGGGUGGGCCGCGAACGGCGGCACCAGGCUGCUCUUCUACGGCUACCUCCCCAACGGCAGCCUGAGCGGCCUCCUGCACGGCGGCCACGCCGCCAAGGGCUCGCCCGCGGACGAGUGGGGCGCGCGCUACGAGAUCGCGCUCGGCGUCGCCCACGCCGUGGCGUACCUGCACCACGACUGCGUGCCGGCCAUCCUGCACGGCGACGUCAAGUCCAUGAACGUGCUGCUCGGCCCGGCCUACGAGCCGUACCUCGCCGACUUCGGCCUCGCCCGCGUCCUGGCCGCCGCGAGCUCCAAGGUCGACACCGGCAAGCAGCCCCGCAUCGCCGGCUCGUACGGCUACAUGGCACCAGAGUACGCGUCGAUGCAGCGGAUCAGCGAGAAGAGCGACGUGUACAGCUUCGGCGUCGUGUUGCUGGAGAUCCUGACGGGGCGGCACCCGCUGGACCCGACGCUGUCGGGCGGCGCGCACCUGGUGCAGUGGAUGCGCGAGCACGUGCAGGCGAAGCGCGACGCGGCCGAGCUCCUCGACGCGCGGCUGCGGGCCAGGGCGGCCGAGGCGGACGUGCACGAGAUGCGGCAGGUGCUGUCCGUGGCCGCGCUCUGCGUGUCGCGCCACGCGGACGACCGGCCCGCGAUGAAGGACGUGGUGGCGCUGCUCAAGGAGAUCCGGCGCCCCGCGGCGGCGGACGACGCGAAGCAGCCGUCACCCACGGGCGCCGCCGCCACGCCCGCGCCGGUGUCGCCGGUGAGCGCGCACUCGAGGGGCCAAUCGUCGAGCUGCUCCUUCGCCGUCUCGGAGUACUUGGCCUGA